AUGGACCAGAUGGCAGAUGAAAUGACUCUGAGAGCCGAUGUGAAAGACAAAGGGAGAGUAAACACUGCUGAGGAGAGCUCCAUCUGGGCGAGAGGAGAAAGGAUCCAAAGUGAGGCUCAAGUCAGCAACUGGAGACUCAGUGAAACUGCAGAGCCUGAGCCUGGGGACACCAGUAGAGAGACAGAUGCUCAGCGGCCCAGAGAGUGUGACAGCUCCUCUUCCCCUCUGUUGUCUUUGAAAAUGUACCUGAGGAGAUCUUCCUCCACAGCCUCCUCCACCACAGACUCUCUGUCUUCUUCUCAGCAGAGCAACAUGGGAGUUGACUGUGCAGGAAUCGUCCUGAACUGUCUCUUCUGCCGCUUCUACGAUAUGAUCCUCAUGCUGCCUGACUCCUGUGUGAGAGCUGCCAAUAACUGCUGCCCCAACUACAAACAAGUCAUCCCACCAGUGGAGUCCACACCCAGCAGUGACGAUGACUCUUGCGUUGACUUGGACUGUGGUCUGUUCAGUUCCUGUCAUGAUGCAAGUGAUUGCCUGGAGCUAGCUAUGGAGGUUUCUGAAAUAUGCUACCACUAG